AAGAUAAACCAUCACGUAAGUUAAGCAUUGAAUGAUUUGAAUCCCCCACCACGGAAAGACAUAAGGGCAAUUUGGGCAUCUGAAUAAUAACCAAAAUCAGUAUUUCUAGAAGACUUGGCCUCAUCUUUUUCUUAUUCGAUAUAACCAGACAUCAGUUUUUUAAAACCCUAAUUUCACCCCUUCUUCUGCCCUCAUUUUUCUCUCAAAAAUCAAAACAAGAAACCGAAAUUAUAUCAAAUAGAAAAAAAAAUCAAUUUCUCAUCAACUCUGACUCAUAAAACUCCUUUUUAAUUUUCCGUUUAUAUUUUUUUGUUGUUUUUCUUCUCACUUUUUCCUUGUUUUUAGAUAACUUUGUCUUUGGUGAAAACUAGGGUUUGCUCCAAUGUUGGGUUUUGUGUGUUGAAAUUAGGGCCUUUUCAGAUAAAUUUUCACUUUUACCUUUUAAAGGAAGUGUGGGCUGUCGUGGCUUCCCAAAUAUAUAAUCCUGUUUUGAAGGUGAGUUUUGGUUGGAAAAGAUGUCAUCAAGGUAUCAAAUACUUGACAAUCGACCAAUUGAUCAAUGGAAGGUCACAGAGUUAAAGGAAGAACUUAAGAGGCGGAAAUUGACAACUCGGGGCUUGAAAGAUGAUUUGGUAAAACGGUUGGAUGAAGCGCUUCGAAUUGAAAGGGAAAAUACUGCAAAGGAGGCAGAUAAUGGUUUUAAUUCUGAUCCCCGGCCUAUGGUUGAGGAAGGGAUUGAAAAAGCAAUGCCAGUUGUUGCUGAGACAGCUAAAGAUGUUUUGGAUCAUGGUGGCAGUGGGAUUGAGAAGGGGAGUGGGUUCAAGGUUCAGGUUGACAUUAAUGAUAGUGCAGCUGCUUUGGGUCAUGGAGGAGUUCAAGGAAGGGACAUAGUGGUGGAAGAGGAGCCUGUUAUUCAAACCACCACUGUUCAGACUGAGAUAACAGUUACCAAGCCGGUAGUAUCUGAGGUACCAUUGAUUAGACAAGAUAUGCAGAGUUCGGGACAGGAGGAGAAUGUGUAUUCUAACAUCCAAGUAGCGUAUGACAAUCAGAAGCCCCAGGUGGAGAAUGAGGAUCCAAAUACCCGGGUGGAGAAUGAGGUUCCAAAGCCCCAGGUGGAGAGUGAGCAUCCUAAGCCUGAGGUGGGGAAUGAUGAUCCCACUGCCCAUUUGGAGAGUGUGGGUCCAAAGCCUGAGGUGGAGAAUGAUGACCCCAAGGCCUUGCUGGAGAGUGUGGGUUCAAAGCCUCAGCUGGAGAAUGAUGAUCCAAAGCCCCAGCUGGACAUUGAGGAUUCAAAGGCCCAGCUGGAGAAUGAGGAUUUAAAGGCUCCACAUGAGGAUGACAAGUGUGACUUUUCUGCUCCAAACAACCAGGUAUCUGAGGUCAGCCCUAUUUUAGGGUUUCAAGUAAAAUCUGAUUCUAUUUCUACUGAUUCUGUGUCAAUUAAUGAAAAGAUUGAACUAAAGGAUAAUAUAAUUGCUGAUAAUGUCAAAUUAGACCUAGAUGUUGUUAAGCCUUCCAGCAGUUUUGUCCCAAUUAGUGGUGAAUCACAUCCAAUGGAUGUUGAAGAUCCACUUGAGAAGAAGGCAUCUGUUGAUGAGAGAGAUGACAAUAAUGUUACAAAUGCAGACAUGAGCAAUAAAAAUGACAGUGCAGAGAUAGGGUACUCAGAAAAAUUAAAUUUAGAUAGAAGUUCGGGUGAUGACUCUAUGGAGGAGGAUGUGCUUGAGAGUAAACAAAUUGAUUCAAAAUGUAGUACUCAUGAAAUUGGAGAAAAGAGUGAGAAAAAUGAUGCACCUAUUAUCAAGGAGGAAAGUCCUGUUGAUGUUGUAGGAGAUGGUUUAUCUGCAGAUAAAAAGGACUUCUUUGUUGAGAACAAGAGCCAUUCUUCUGUUCCUGUCGAGAAAAGAAAGCUUCAUGAUCAGGAAGCUUUUGGGAACAAUGAGCCUUCAAAAAGGCGCAAAUGGAACACUGACAAUAUAAAAGCUCCAGAGCAGCAAGGCAUUAAUCUUACACCCACCACCACACCUAAAGACACUAUGCACUCUGCUGCUUUGAAACGUAACUUCUCUAGAUCAGACUCCACUGCUGGUGAAGAUACACCCAAGGAACGAGUUGUUCCACCAUCACAAAAACCUACAACCACUUCUCUCAGAAUUGAUCGUUUUCUGCGCCCUUUUACCUUGAAAGCUGUGCAAGAACUUUUAGGGAAGACUGGGACCGUCACAAGCUUCUGGAUGGACCACAUUAAGACCCAUUGCUAUGUUACUUAUUCAUCUGUGGAAGAAGCAAUAAAGACAAGAAAUGCCGUUUAUAACCUGCAAUGGCCACCUAAUGGUGGACGUCUAUUGAUGGCUGAGUUUGUUGAUCCUCAGGAAGUUAAAAUUCGGCUGGAGGGCCCACCUCAGACUCCAACUACCCCUGGGACUUCUGGUUCUACUGCUCCGCAAGCUCAACCUAUUUCUCAGCCCCAGCCCUCUCCGCGUCAACAGGUUUCUAGACAGCAGCUUCCACCGCCUUCUGCACUUCCACCACCACCCCCUUUGUCUAACCCACCACCAGUUAGAGAACGGCUUCCUCUUCCACCACCACCUCCAGAGAAACUAGAUCCUCCUAUUGUCACCCUGGAUGACCUGUUUCGCAAAACCAGAGCAACUCCUCGGAUCUACUAUUUGCCUCUGUCAGAAGAACAAGUUGCAGCAAAGCAAGUAGCUCGUGGCAGAAACACCAAGCAGUCUGCAGGUGCUGCUUAUUGGAAGGAACUAUUCCAGCCAUGCGAAGGGAACUUUUUUGGUGAUGGAUUUUGGCUUUCUGAAGGCAGUUUUGGGCUGAGUUUUUAGUUUCAUUCAGCCUUAGAAUCUUUCAAACCUAGGACUCUCUUUAGUUAUGAAUUUAGUCUCAUUUGCUCGUAUUUUGUUUCCCUAUGGAACAAUAGUCCCAACUUUUAUGAACCUAAUUUUGUAGAAUCUAACUUCUUCUGGAUGAUGUUCUGCAUACAUUUGUUUAAGUAAUGUGGAAUCCCCAAUAUUAUUAUUAAGGUCACUAAUUCAAUUUAUGCUAUGGUUUAGCUGUACGUGUAGAUUCGAGGUUCCUAGCUUUGGAAUUACUAUUCAAAAGACAGGCAUGGUGGCCUGCCGGGGCUCUGUGGAUCUAAUAAGUAAGCACAUUUUAACAUUUAAUGCUACGUGACUUUGAGUUAAGCUCAGCUGAUGUCACCGCCCAAGCAAAUAUCUAAUCACAAUCUCUGUAAUUUACCUUGCAUUUUCUUCUCAAAAUCCAUAACGUAUUGUUAAUGGGAUAAUUUGUGGAUAAGCUUGAUCCUUUUGGUGCGAAGAAUGAGUAGUUUUUAAAUACUAAACGUUAGGACCUAUUUAACACUUCAAAAUGCAUCGGAUAGACCAAUUCAGGCCUAUAAGUCUUUGUAACAUACCUUACAAAGUUAUCUCAAAAGAUCAUGGUUCAAAGACUAAGACCUUUUUUGGAUAAGUGAAUUUCACCUCUCCAAACUCACUUUGUUCUUGGCAAAAACGGUUGUGAUAACUGUACUAUCAUUCAGAAAUUUGUCCACCCAUUUAAAACUAAGAAAGAAGGAUUGGGACAUAUGAUAGUUAAAUUGGACCUGAAAAAAAGCUUAUGACAGGCUU